AAUUUACGUUCUCCGAAAGGGAGGCCAAGAACGUCAAAAUCAUUUUUGUUAUAACAAAACUGGUUGUUCAAUCCAAUUGAAGGGAAUAAACAUCAUUUUGGGAUCAACGAUUAGUGGAAAUGAAUAUCCUGCCAAAAAAAAGAUGGCACGUGAGAACAAAAGAAAAUAUUGCCCGAGUUCGUCGAGAUGAAGCAGAAGCAGCAGAACAGGAGAAACAGCGGAAAGCGAGGGCUCAGAAAGCAGAAACUGAAGCAAGAAUAAAUUUACUUCGAGAACAAUCCCGUAGGAAAUACGAUGGAAGGGACACAGCGCCUGAAAGUACCUCUAAAGAUCCAGAAGUCCUGGAGCAUGUGAAUUUUUUCAAAAACAUUGAGGAUGGAAACAUCGAUUACAGUAAGCCUAAUGCAGAGCAUGAGGCAGAGAAGAAGGAGGAAAGAGAGAAAUACGAAAAGCAGAUCGGUUACUUGACGUACCUGGGGCAGGACACAAACGAAGCAACGGGGAAAAAAAAUUGGUACGAUGAGUUGCCUCGCAGAUUGACUGAUGCCGAGCCCUCGAAGGAGGUGCAGGAGAAGAAAAAAUCUCUGCAUGAUCCCCUGAUGGAUGUCAGGAGAUACUUGAGCAUCAUGGGUUCCUCCUCAAGCUCCAAAGGCACUCGGGGCAAUUGUGAGACCUCAAACAAGCGGAAAUUGGAAGCUGACGAUGGCAGUUGCGAGGAUGGAGUGGUAAAGAAGCACAAGAGGCACAAGAAGAAGUCGAAGAAGUGUAAAUAUGAUAAGAGGGAGAAGAAGCCGGACGUUGAUCUUCAGAAGUUAAGGGCUAAGAGAUUGCUGAGGGAACAGUCGGAGAAACUGAAGACUGAAGCCCUCCUGGCGAAGGUCAGGGGAGAUCCUCUGCCUGUUGUCAAGGAAGAGGAGGCCAGACACACCAUCAGACAAAAGUAUAAUUCACAAUACUGUCCGGAAAUCGCUAGGCAAAAUGCGGAAAGAACUCCUAGGCAUUAAUUAUUAAUUGGGGAAUGUCAUGAGUGUUUUGACGUUCAACUGCAGAUGAUGAAGUUCAUUGUAAUGAGAAACUAUGAAAGUUUUAAGUUUUGAUGAAAAAAUUGUAGAUAUAUUUACUGUAAUUACCUGAAUGAAAUAAAUUUUUCUUUCUUAUUUCGA